GGAGCCUAUCAAGACCAAAGGAAAACUUCCUUCCUUUGCAAACCAGGAGGAGGAGGAGGGUGACGUUUGCAAAGGGCCAGGGAUGUGGUUCUUUGCCCGGGACCCGGUCCGGGAUUUCCCUUUCGAGGCCAUCAGCCCCCAGGAAUCGCCUUCGCCGCAGUUGCUGCAGCAGAGCAGAGUCUGGCAGCUGCACAAAGGGAAGAGGAAGGCGACGGGGGAACCAGUCUCCCUCUUUGUCCACGAUGUGAAGCCCAACUCCGAAGAGCAGACGCAACUCGCCAAGGCGGCCUUCAAGCACCUCAAGACCUUGCGCCACCCCAACAUCCUCUCCUACAUCGAUGGAUUAGAGACAGAGAAAUGUUUGCACGUGGUGACAGAGCCGGUGACGCCACUGCCUGCGCACCUGGAAUCGCAGGGAGACGGCGAGGGACUGAGCGAGAUGGAGAUUUCGUGGGGACUCCAUCAGAUUGUGAAAGCCCUCAGCUUCUUGGCGAACGACUGCCACCUGAUCCACAACAACGUCUGCGCGGCCGCCGUUUUCGUGGACCGCGCCGGUGAGUGGAAGCUGGGCGGUUUGGACUACAUGUUCUCGGCUCAGAGCGAGGGUCCCACAUCACGGAAAGGGGUCCCCGAACUGGACAAGUAUGACCCUCCGGAGUUGGGAGACGGCGGCAAAAGCGCCGGAGAGAAAUGGUCGGCGGACAUGUGGCGUCUCGGUUGCCUCAUCUGGGAAGUUUUCAACGGUCCGCUGCCCCGGUCAUCCUCCCUCCGGUCUUUCGGAAAAAUCCCCAAAUCCUUGAUCCCCCAUUACUGCGAACUGGUCGGCGCCAACCCCAAGCUGCGCCCAAAUCCUGCCAAGUUCUUGCAGAACUGCCGAAGUCCAGGCGGCUUCAUGGACAACAGCUUCGUGGAGACCAACCUCUUUCUGGAGGAGAUCCAGAUUAAGGAGCCCGCCGAACGCCAAAAAUUCUUCCAGGAGCUGAGUGCCAAUCUGGACGCCUUUCCGGAGGACUUCUGCCGACACAAGGUCCUCCCGCAGCUGCUGACCGCCUUCGAGUUCGGAAACGCCGGCGCCGUCAUCCUCACGCCACUUUUCAAGGUGGGCAAGUUUUUGAACGCCCAGGAAUACCAGCAAAAAAUCAUCCCUGUCAUCGUCAAGAUGUUUUCCUCGCCAGACCGGGCCAUGAGGAUACGGCUGCUGCAACAGAUGGAGCACUUCAUCCAGUACCUCAAUGAACCCACUGUCAACGGCCAGAUCUUUCCGCAUGUGGUGCAUGGUUUUCUGGACACCAACCCGGCCAUCCGAGAGCAAACGGUGAAGUCCAUGCUGCUCCUGGCGCCGAAGCUGAGCGAGAGCAACCUCAACGUGGAGCUCAUGAAGCACUUUGCGCGCCUCCAGGCCCGCGACGACCAGGGACCCAUCCGCUGCAACACGACUGUCUGCCUUGGCAAGAUCGGACCCUACCUCAGCGCCAGCACGCGGCAAAACGUCCUGAUCUCUGCCUUCAGCCGUGCCACGAAGGACCCCUUUGCGCCGUCUCGGGCAGCAGGAGUUUUGGGCUUUGCGGCCACGCAUAACUUCUACUCCAUGAAAGACUGUGCCUUCAAAAUCUUGCCGGUGUUGUGCACUUUGACACUGGAUCUGGAGAAAACCGUCCGGGACCAGGCUUUCAAAGCGAUCCGGAGCUUCAUGACCAAACUGGAGAAGGUCUCCGAAGAUCCAGACCAGCUCUCCGAACUUGAGAAAGACGUCCAUGCGGCGUCCGCUAGCCCAGGAACGGCGGCUAGUUGGGCCGGCUGGGCCGUGACGGGGGUCUCGUCUCUCACGUCGAAACUGAUCCGGACGAACACCGGGUCGGUACAGACUACAGAACCAGGGGCUGAGGAGGUCCCGGCCGCGGCAACAGCAGAGCCCCCCAAAACGGACGCGGCUGGACGCUCUCCGUCUGCCACUGGAGCAACGUCUCCUUCGCCGCGCCAUUGGGACCCGGAGGAAGACGCGGCGGAGGAGGAGAGCUCAGCUGAUCGAUGGGACGAUGAAGACUGGGGCAGUUUGGAGCAAGAAACUGAGCAGCCAAAGAGACAAUCCAGUCCAGACGACUGGAACAGCCCCGGAUGGUCAGAACCAGCGUCUUCGGCCAAGAAACCUGGAGGAAGGAUGACUGCCAGCGCCACAUCCCCGAAAGCAGAGCCUGACUGGAGCACCUCUGCCUGGGACCUGGAGCCCUCCUGGGGUACCAAAAAGGGACGCGGCCCCGCUGGGAACGAAGGCUGGGGUGGCAACAUUGAAGCAGACUUACUCUCAAAGGCUGCGGUUGCCCCGCCGGAAGGGACCAAGCUGGCCAGCGAGUACAACUGGGAGAGCAUCCCAGCUGCAGAGAAACCAGAUCCGUUUUCCUCUCUGGUGGAGAGGCCAACGACAGAGAGGCAGAAAAACACGGACGCAUUAGGAGACUGGGGCUUGGAAGAAAACUGGGAAGCUCUGGAUUCUGACCAAGGUCCCAGCAAAGCUGAACUGGCGCGGAAGAAACGGGAGGAGAGGCGGCAAGAGAUGGAGGCCCGGCGAGCUGAGAGGAAAGCGGCCAAGGGGCCUUUGAAACUGGGGGCCAGAAAGCUGGACUGAGACCCUGUUUUUACAAACAGUGCCGAAAACGCUCCCUCAGAGGUAUCUUUACCUAUAUCCCCAGGUAGGGUUUGGAGCUUUGUUUCUUUAGGGUGAGGAAAAGAAAACGGCUCUGUAGUUUGCCCGUUUGGGGUGCUCUUGGCGUCGUGAACGGAUCCACGUUUUUUUUCCAUGGCUUGGACUGGGUCUUGCCAAAAAACCGCUUUGGGCUCAGCGGCGAAUUCCUCCCCAUUGCGAUGGACAGGACUUGAAUCCAGAGGAGGAAAAAGAGGGCAGCUUCUCUCUCUCUGCCCUUAGGAUAGUCAUCACUGUACAGUUGCAAGUUUCCGGUAAGGUGUAUAUCUAUGUCCUUUUGUUGCCUGUUUUAUCGGUUUAUGCGGAAGCGAACGAAUAAAUUAAAUCUUUAAUGAAAGGGA